GAAAAUAUGUUUUUAUGGCAGAGGGAUCAUACGCACCAGGAGUCGAAUUGAGUUUCUGCAACUUCGUAAAAUUUAACUUUAACUAAACCUAAUAUGCUUACUAAAUUGGGGAGGAGGGAGUACCAGGCACUGAGCUAGUAGCCUUUCCAUGUUAAAAAGGGAAAACCUGCACUGCUGCUAGCCCGCAGUUACAUCAUUCAUUGCAGAGUGGCUCCCGCCGUCCCGCGUUAGAUCGUGCUACUGUUCUUUGCCAGCGCCAGAUCUACUGUUCGCGUUAAUUUUUCAACAGUUAGCUUCUUUUCUAGGACCGUGGAAUUUGUAGGAAUACACCCGUAUACUUGGUGUCUCCAAAACAGGACCGUAUGGACAUUUACUCCAUCUCGUGUCUCUGGAUCCCUCGAGCGCAUUCACCAGAUGCAGAAAUGUAAUGCUGCAUACAGAAGCAUGGUAAUAGUUAUGCAAACCCAGCUAUGUGUACAGAUUUAUAUGUGUACAGAUUUAUAUAUUGAUAGACAUAGCCGGCCGCAUCUGUUGCUUUCACUCUUCAAGAGUGUUAGUUAGCAAUGAAGAGGCUCGUCACGGAGAGCUGCAAAGAGUCGAAGCUGCUAUGGCGCGUCGCCUUCCCGGCGGUCCUCACCGAGGUGUUCCAGUUCUCCAUUGGCUUCGUCACGGCUAGCUUCGUCGGGCACAUCGGCGUCGUGGAGCUCGCCGCGGUCACCGUCGUCGAGAGCAUCCUGGAGGGCUUCGCCUACGGAGUCCUGUUCGGCAUGGGAUGCGCCCUGGACACGCUGUGCGGCCAGGCCGUGGGCGCCGGGAAGCUGGACGUGCUGGGCGUCUACGUCCAGCAGUCGUGGAUCAUCUGCGGCGCUACCGCAGUGGCGCUCACUCCGGCUUACGCCUUCGCCACACCCAUCCUCGGGUCCCUCCUCCGCCAGCCCGCCGCCGUCGCGGUCGCCGCCGGGCCGUACGCGCGGUGGGCGAUCCCGCGGCUGCUCGCCCACGCCGCCAACUUCCCGCUCCAGAAGUUCUUCCAGACCCAGAGCAAGGUCUGGGCCUUGACCGCCAUCUCCGGCGUCGCCCUCGCCGUCCACAUCGCCCUCACCUACGUCGCCGUCAACAGGCUCGGGUAUGGCCUCCGCGGGGCAGCCGUUGCGGGGAACAUCUCCUACUGGCUCAUCGACGCAGCGCAGUUGGUCUACCUGGUCAGCGGCCGGUUCCCUGACGCAUGGAAAGGGUUCUCCCUUCUUGCGUUCAGGAACCUCGGUGCCUUCGUCAAGCUCUCGCUCGUGUCAGCUGUCAUGAUCUGCUUGGAGUUUUGGUACUACGCUGCACUGCUAAUUCUUGUGGGUCUCCUUAAGAAUGGCCAGCUACAGCUUGAUAUCAUGUCAGUCUGCGUCAACUAUCAGUUCUGGACGAUGAUGGUUGCGCUGGGCUUGAGUGAAGCAGUCAGCGUUAGGGUGUCGAACGGGCUCGGAGCGAGCAGACCGAAGGAGGCCAAGUUCUCAGUGGCCGUGGCGGCUACAACAUCGGCAUUCAUCGGGGCCAUCUUCAUGGCCGUCUUCUUCAUUUGGAGGAGAAGCUUGCCUAGGCUCUUCAGCGACAGCGAGGAGGUGGUCGAGGGAGCGUCUAGACUGGGGUAUCUGCUCGCUGUGACCGUCUUCUUCGGCAGUAUCGGGCCAGUGCUCUCAGGUGUGGCUGUCGGAGCGGGAUGGCAAAUUCCUGUAGCAUUCGCAAACAUCGGUUGCUACUACUUGGUGGGCAUUCCCGUUGGGGUUCUGUUUGGAUUCAAAUUAAAGCUUGGUGCUUUGGGGAUAUGGAUGGGCAUGCUAACAGGAACGUUGCUCCAGAUGGCGAUACUUCUUUUCAUUAUUAAGGGAACAGAGUGGGAGAAACAGUGUACAAUUACAGGCCUUAUUGGCAGCAGAGAGGAUCAAGGUGGCUGGGGGAAAGAAUGAGGGCCAGACAUUGAUGCCGGCGACAUGUACAGAAGAUGAUCAGAUAGAUAGUUCAACUCUUGAAGUUCAUAUGCAAACAUGCGAGAAGAAUACAGAGUUAGUGUAGAAAGACAAGUAUACAAAUUCAUCUAUAAUUGUGUAAAUUUUGUGCAUUUUCCCUCUGCCGUUGGAAAGCUCGAUUUUUCAUGGCUGUAUGAAGUUGGCAAGAUCAAAGCCUUUACCGACAUGGUAUUAUUUCUCCAUUAAGUUCCCAUUUCGUCGAA